AUGGAGAAAGUGAGAAACUUCAAGGCAGUCCAAGUGUUGGUAAUUUUGGCAGUCGGACUAAUGCUGACUGGGCAGUCGAGCGCGGGCUUCGAAGAGUGCUACGCAAAAUGCUUCGUCGCGUGCAUGAUCAAUCCCUUUAACACAAUUUGUUCGUGCACCACCGGCUGCUUGAAAGACUGCAUCUUUCGAAAAUUUCAGAAUGAUGUUCGUGAACAAGAUUCGGAUGGCCUCGACUACUGUAAGCUCGGCUGCGCGAUUUCUAUGUGCUCGAAUUUCAGCACAAGACAUGCUCCCAGUCAGUGA